AUGGAGAAAGAGCUCAGCGAAGACAGGUCCAGCGCUACUUCCGAUGCAGAUCAGUUCGAAGAGCGCUCUUUCGAUGACGUCACUGCCAUUUCCGAUCAGGAUGUCGUCAGUCAAGCACCCUUCGAAGUGGAAGACAGUUCCGAACUACCACAGCCGAGCACAGAAUUCGCUCAGCCAGUUCUUUCGAAACAGGAACUGGACCACAUCGCCUACAUCACGAGCCUAGCCGAAAGAUCAUCUUUCGAAGCUCCAGAACGGCCUCCACUGCCUAGAAGAAUGACUUUAGAACAACAUGAAAUGGAGAAAGAGCUCAGCGAAGACAGGUCCAGCGCUACUUCCGAUGCAGAUCAGUUCGAAGAGCGCUCUUUCGACGACGUCACUGCCAUUUCCGAUCAGGAUGUCGUCAGUCAAGCACCCUUCGAAGUGGAAGACAGUUCCGAACUACCACAGCCGAGCACAGAAUUCGCUCAGCCAGUUCUUUCGAAACAGGAACUGGACCACAUCGCGUACAUCACGAGCCUAGCCGAAAGAUCAUCUUUCGAAGCUCCAGAACGACCUCCACUGCCUAGAAGAAUGGCUUCAGAACAACAAGAAAUGGAGAAAGAGCUCAGCGAAGACAGAUCCAGCGCCACUUCCAACGCAGAUCAGUUCGAAGAAGGGUCUUUCGACGACGUCACUGCCAUUUCCGAUCAGGAAGUCGUCAGUCAAGCACCCUUCGAAGUGGAAGACAGUUCCGAACUACCACAGCCGAGAACAGAAUUCGCUCAGCCAGUUCUUUCGAAACAGGAACUGGACCACAUCGCGUACAUCACGAGCCUAGCCGAAAGAUCAUCUUUCGAAGCUCCAGAACGACCUCCACUGCCUAGAAGAAUGGCUUCAGAACAACAAGAAAUGGAGAAAGAGCUCAGCGAAGACAGAUCCAGCGCCACUUCCAACGCAGAUCAGUUCGAAGAAGGGUCUUUUCGACGACGUCACUGCCAUUUCCGAUCAGGAAGUCGUCAGUCAAGCACCCUUCGAAGUGGAAGACAGUUCCGAACUACCACAGCCGAGAACAGAAUUCGCUCAGCCAGUUCUUUCGAAACAGGAACUGGACCACAUCGCCUACAUCACGAGCCUAGCCGAAAGAUCAUCUUUCGAAGCUCCAGAACGGCAUCCACUGCCUAG